UCCCUUUUCUCCCCUCGCACCAAUCGCUCCUGUCCCCGAGCCCCUCGCACGCGCUAGGGUUCCCACACCCCCAUCUUCUGCGACCACCACGCCGCCGCCCCCAUCUUCUGCGACCACCACGCCCGCGCCGAGGGCUCCCCGCUUGGACAUCGUCAGGUUCUGCCGCCGCGGAACCCCGCCAUCACCGCGCGCACCACGCCAACAGAUGAGUUUGCCGGAGCUCACACGCCGGUCGCCACCGAUCAAGAUGAAGAAGGGGCGGGGGGUAGGGUGCACCUGCGCGUCGCGAGCCGCAACUCGUACUCGGCAUCACCACGUUCGUCGGCCUCUCCAAGGGAAUGUAGUGGCGCCUGCAUGAGGCAUUGCAGAUGUACGUGGAUGCGUGGAAAACCAACAUCCCAGAAUUCAAGAAUCCCUUUGCUCCAUCGAGGAUACCAUCACAGGUACGUCAAUCUUUGUCCUCUCCUGCGUUGUCAUUAUAUUAUGCCCGUGUGUGUAGUGCAUAUUGCUCUGAUGUUCUAGAAUUUUUGGUAGAUUGUGCGUCUCUUCUUUUCUUGAAAAAUUCUUUGCCUUGGUGAUCGCGUCUAGAUUUAUUCAGCUCAUGUAUCUAUACCAUGUACUAUUUCCUACUAUAGUAUAUAUGGUAUUGAUUGUAAAAAAGGUGCAUAUUGCAAUUUUAAUGAAGAAUGAAUGAUUGUUUAAAUCAAGUGGAGAAUAAAUGUUCAUUAGCAUAUUGUUAUCUGACACAGACAUAUGCAGUGGUUUCGAUGGCGGGUUGAUUAAAACCAUGGUAAACAAUCGACAUUGAGAAUUGCUGGAUCAAUGUAUUUUCGUGAAUUGGAAAAAAAUCCUUAUAGUCAUAACAGUGAAAAAGGACUGUUAGACAAUUAAUGUUCUUUAUUUAUUUGUUUAUUUUAGUUUCCACACAUGAUGUUCUAAAACAUGUUCGUCUUUCCUGAAAGAGCACUGCUAUGCACACGAGUAUCGACGCACGAUCCACAGACGACAAGUCAGGUAGACCAUAGGAUUAACUUUUUUUUUUAAAUCUAUGUGGCUCCUAAUCCUGUCGAGCACAAAUCAUCCAGGAGCCAAUCGAGUGCAGAGCACUUUCGUACCUGAAAUGCCUACAUGUUAUGAAGAGAUCUAACAUGUAUCAUGUAUGAAGUAAUAGGUGGAUCAUAUGUCCCUCUUACGCAAGGGUCAUGUCGAAUUGUCAGACACUCAGAUGAUCUUUGAUCGAGAUAUAUAAACCACUAGCAUACGUAUAUUUCUGAAACCAGUAUUUCAGCUGUCACGUGUCUUUGGCUGACGGCAAAUUGCAAACACAGCAAAGCUCGCUUGCCUUGAGAGAGAUCAAACUUGGGUAGCAGCAUAGCUCGAAUAAGUGUAUUGACUGAUUGACUAGCAACACAUGCGCACACAGAAGAUAGCUGAUUGGAUAGCCACUAGCAUGUAAACAUGCAUGUUGUUUAUAUUUCUUCAACACACUGUGAUUGUGAAGUUAUCUCUAUAUUUCUACAAUUCGUUGUUGAUAUUUUAUAGAUGUUCAUCUCCCGACUUUAUCUAUAUUAACCGCUGGUCAAUUUUCUGAAUUACUUGUUGGUGAGAAUUCUUCUGUUGUUGUCUUCUUGGCAUCAUUAUUCAAUCAUAUUUUCUAGACUAUUGAGUUCAGGAAUAUUUGUUGUUGCCUCAAUAUGUUGUAGAUUAUCUUAUUUUAUAGUUUCUUUUGUUGAGUGAAUAUCUCCAAAGUAUCGAACUUACACUGUCUGCUCACAGAGAGGAAAAGAGGGGCUGACUAUAGGAUUCUAAAAUCUUUCUUCGCUGCCAAACUUUAGUGAUUGCCCUGCUGGAGAUUGUCAUAUUUUUAAAAAAGGAAAGGUAUUAAUAACUUAGCCAUGUAUUUAUAUUUAGAUGAUUUAGGGACCUUUCUGGUCCUGGGCCACCUUGCAAUUCCUAAAAACCUUGCCAUGUAUUUGUGUCGAUUACAUAGGCACACUUGAUUGUAUACUUAAACAGAAGUUUUCUUUUUUGGAACAAGACCAUGUUUAAUGUUGAAUAUCUGGUGCAUCGUUAUGUUGAGCAACUGCAAAAUGUACUAUGCCCCAGCGGAUCCGUUCGCCGCCGCUGAUCCCUUCGCCGACGCCGAUCUCGUUGCUACGUCGACGGCAACCAUUUGACGCCGCCGAACCCCUUGCCAUCGAGUGUCUCCUCCAUUAUGAGUGCAAGCAACAGGAGGUGUCCUCUUGGCACAACGACGUCAACUGGUCACUCCUUCAUCGACAGGUUCUUGCGCUUGGUGGAUUACUUCCACGGUUCCACAGUGGGAGGGGACACUCAAGCUACGGUUCAGGCAAUGUCUCCACCCACUCGCAAGUUCAACUACAUUGGCUGAGUGCAAGCAGGAUCUGUAGUAAUACUGAGUACUUACAAACUCAGAAAGCUCUGUCUACAUCUGCACAAGGAACUUCCACAUCCGAUUAUUUCUCAUAUAUUUGGGGUCUGAUGCAGCAAAGACAGAUCACUGUCAGUGAGUAAACAAUUGUUCAAUUAAAGACUGGUAUUAUGUGCUAUAUAUUGGGAAUUUCAAAUGAAUAGUUCUGACAUAUUUUCUUCAGGAGAUUUUCCGGAGCUUGAGUAAGCAACUGUAUCUACUUAUUUUGUUAAUCAGAUUUGUAGCACCCGAUAUGUUUAGGCAGUAGACUUAUUGGUCCAGAGAAGGAUUCCCAUGAUUCACCAAAAAAUUGUUGUACUAGGGAGUUUGCUUGUUCUGAUAGAAAUAGUAGUAAGGUGUGUAUUUGUACGUAUAACAUGUUUGGUUAGAGAGAGACUUGGAUAUUCCUCCAUCCAUAUUUUACUUGUUCUGAUGUAGACAUGCAAACAAGCCAAAAAUGAUCUCUAUGGAAUAAUGUUCCUGACAAGAGAUGGGGCUUUGUUCCUAUAUUACGAUUUUUGGGACCCUACAUUCUUUUAUCUAUAGCAUUUAUGCUUUACGAGCUGCAUUUAUAAAUGGCUUAUAUCAGUGAUAUUAGCUAUGUGUGUGGACGGAUAUACAUACGUGUGAGAUAAUUUGGGGUUGAUAGGAAAUCAUUAUUUUGAUGUUUUGUUAAUUGAAGUUUGAUCUUAUGUUCUAACUGCAAACAUGCAGCUCUAUGGUGCAUUCUUUUAUCUAUAGCAUUUGUGAUUUGGAAAUCAUUAUUUAGAACCAUGGUUUCUUAGGUCUGAUUACUUUGUGCAACAUUACAGAUCAAUUCCUAAUAUUAUUCAAGCAAUCUUAAGUUCGGGACACCACUAUGCUUCCAUAUGCAAUCUAAUGACUUUUUUCUGGUGUAUAUGGAAGGUGGGAAGUGACAAACAUUUUGGAAGAAAAUAGGGACAUCCAACUCAGGUGCAUCAAGCUGCUCAAGCUAUAAUGAAAGGGCUUCAGGUAGAGUCCAAAGUUACAGGUUUUAUCGGUCCACCAUUCUGACAGAUAAUCAGGUACUUGCAAGAGCUGCAGAUUCUGGCGAAUUUCAAACCCGGGACAUUGUGAAAUCCAUUCACAGAUAGGACAAUACUUCAAUGUUUCCAGGUCUCUUAUGUUAAAGAUAAUCACAUCAAAAGAGAUUUGAAUGGUGUUGCUCAUAACUGUGCAAAGGACUCACUGAAAAAGCUUUGUAUUAGCUACCACAUACUGUAUUAGCUCAUACUGUACUAUACUGUAUUAGCUCAUCUCAUAGGAGUAUCCAAUGU